UCCUAUGGCGCGAAGACGAGCACCUACCUAUACGCUCUCUCACUUUAAAUACUGUUACAUACGGUUUUGCGUCAGCGAGCUGGCUAGCGGCUCGUUGUUUGUGGCAGCUAGGGGCUGAGAGCAAGGAUCCUUUGGUUAGGACCAUUAUACAAAAUGAUUUUUACUGUGAUGACUUAUUAACUGGUGCAGACUCUGAAUCAGAGCUGCUUCAAAUACAGGCUGGCGUAUCACAGGUUUUAGCCUCUGGUUGCUUUAAUUUGCGUAAAUACCGUUCGAAUUCAAACGCGUUAUUAAAGUCGGAGUACAUUAAUCAAGAUGAUCAUCUAGCUUUGAGUCAAGCUUGUCAAACACUUGGACUAGGGUGGCAACCCAGCCAAGAUAUAUUAAAUUUUUCAAUUAAAAAUGAUCAAUCUGAUGAAACAGUUACAAAGAGAACAAUUUUGUCUAAAACAUUUCAAGUAUUUGAUCCCUUAGGGCUAUUAAGCCUAUGCACAGUCAAACCUAAAAUAUUGAUUCAAACUUUGUGGAAAGAAGGCAAAUCUUGGGACGAGCCAGUUUCUCCUGAAAUACAGCGAAGCUGGUCCCGAUUUAUUAAAAAUUUGAAUCACAUUAAAGCACUUAGUAUACCUAGAUAUGUAUUGUGUGAGUCACCUUCCACAAUAGAGCUACAUUGCUUUUCUGACGCAGCAGAGACUGCAUACGCAGCAUGCAUUUAUGUAAAAACUAUUUCUGACUCGGGUGAACAACAAGUCCACCUGCUGUGUGCGCGGGACAGAAUAGCUCCAAUCCGGCGUACAAGUAUACCGCGUCUGGAAUUGGCCGGGUGCUUGUUAGCAGCACAAACGUAUGCAGCCGUUGUAAAGGCCUGGAGACGUCCUGUCUCGCGCACUAUAUUCUGGACUGACUCUAGCUGCUGCCUGGCUUGGCUAAAGACAGACAGAUCCAAACUUAAAACUUUUGUAGCAAACCGAGUAGCCGCUAUAGACAGUCUCACUCCCGGAGCUACCUGGAGACAUGUACCUACAAAAGAAAAUCCAAGCGAUCUUGCAACACGUGGUGUAGAUCCACAGCAUGUCUCUGGAAACGCUCUGUGGUGGGGGGGCCCCGAGUUUCUAUUAAAGCCUGAAAAUGAGUGGCCAAAGCUAAAGUCUGUAGAACCGGAGGUCUUGCCUGAAAUCAAGGUAACGUCUAUGCUUACAAGCACAGGCGACGAACCAUCUGUCAUAGAUUUUAAUAGAUUUUCAAAAUAUAAAAGGAUACAACAUACUAUGGCUUAUGUGCUCCGUUUCAUAAAUAACUGUAAGCCUAGCAUGCCUAAACUAACCGGCUCACUAUCGCCACAAGAGCUUACAGACUCUUUACAUACUUUAGUUAAAAUUGCACAAAAGCAGUCAUUUGCUUCCGAGCUUGAAACGAUGCGCAUGGGUCACAGGUUGAGUCGUAGAUCACACAUUAUAACACUAAACCCAUUUAUGGACUCACAAGGUCUCUUGAGAGUCGGGGGAAGGCUAGAUGCUUCAGAUUGUAGUUACGAACAGAAGCAUCCCAUGUUAUUACGUGCUAAACACACACUAACCAAACUCAUCUUUACACAUGAACACAUACGUCUCCUACAUGCAGGACCACAGCUAUUGCUAUGCUCAGUACGGGACUUGAUAUGGCCGGUUGGGGGCAGAAACCUAGCAAGGAGCACGGCCCACAAUUGUGUCACUUGUAAAAGAAUCGCUGGCCAAACUUUAAAAAAUAUAAUGGGCAAUUUACCAGCGCAACGCAUAAAGGCUGAUUUUCCAUUCACGUCAACAGCUGUAGACUUAGUCGGUCCUUAUUUAAUAACUGAUCGCCGUGGACGUGGAUGUAAGAUCACUAAAUGUUAUAUGUGUCUAUUUAUAUGCUUAAGAUAUAAAUGUGUUCAUUUGGAAGCUGUUAGCGACUUGUCUAAGGACGCAUUUGUGCUGGCACUCCGCAGAUUUAUCGCCAGGCGCGGCAAACCUGCGGAGCUGUUUUGUGAUAAUGGUAGAAACUUUGUAGCUGCAGCCAAAGAAAUAAAUGAUUUUUUUAAGCUACAUGAAAACAAUAUAUCUAAUUUUGCAGCUGGUCAGGGUAUAAGAUUUAAAUUCGCGCCAGCUUACGCCCCUAACUUUAAUGGCUACGCAGAGGCAGGUAUUAAAAGCGCCAAAUUUCAUCUCAAACGAGUUUUGGGCAACACACACCUUACCUUUGAGGAACUUUCGUCUCUCUUUAGCCAAGUGGAGGCAAUUUUGAACAGUAGGCCUCUCUGUCCACUCUCCCCCUCCCCUAAUGACUUUUACCCCCUUACUCCCGGGCACUUUCUCAUUUUUAGGCCGCUCACGUCGCUGCCGGCUCCGCCACUGCAAGACCGGAACCCAAACCGCCUGGACCGCUACCUGAGGCUAGAGCAGCUGCGGCAACACUUCUGGAAGCGCUGGUCGGCCGAGUACGUGUCCCUACAGCAACAGCGAUACAAGUGGCGCGAGAGGCAACGCGAUCUACAGCUCGGAGAGCUCGUACUAGUCAAGGAGGAAGGCUUGCCGCCUUUGCUAUGGCGCAUGGGCAGAGUCGUCAAGCUGUAUAAUGGAAAGGAUGGCGUGCCGCGCGUAGCAGACAUCAAUACAGCUAGGGGAAUAGUCAAGCGAGCACUCAACCGAAUAUGCCCGCUGCCUGUCCAACAGGGAGAGUCCUGAAAGAGAGUCUUUCAGCGCCCCGGAGUAUGUUAGCGCUGUGGCAACACCGCUAGCAG